AUGGCCCUCAAAGCCAACAACGAAGCCAUACAGUGCAAAGUUUUCUCCACUACUUUCUCUAGGCCGGCCCUGCUGUGGUUCAGGCAAUUGAAACCUGGUUCUGUCAACAGUUUUGGUGACCUCCGUAGAGCCUUUCUCCAACAGUACAGUGAUAACCGUGAGGCACCAAGAACAAUGGCAGAUCUCUAUCGGAUCGAGCAAGGGGAAAAUGAACAUCAAAAGUCAUACCUACAGCGUUUCAUUGAACUCGUGCAUCAGAUCCAUGAUGUCGACCCAGUCACCAUGGCUAAUCUCUUCGUCAAAAUUUUGCAGGUGGGAUCUCUCUUACACGAAUUCCUCACCAUGACACCACCUUAUGACAUGGCUGAGAUUCAGAUCCGUGCCGAAGGAGUCUUCAGAGUCUUGGAAUUUCAAGAGUGUGCAAAGAAAAAAUCCGCACUUAUCUCCGCUCCACCAGCGAAUAACCCUCCUCCCCCGCCUACAAGGGACGAAAAGAUGAAGAGACAGGAAACAGACCACACGAAAGAAGGGAAAAGGCGUAGACAGAAUCGAGAAUCACCACGAUAUCCCUCCUUCGAAUACACCAUCCCCCAGGAAGUCAUUUAUGAAGAGAAUAAAGACAGACCCAUCUGGAGUGAGCCGUACAAGAUUACCACUCCUCCCGACAGAAGAGAUAAAAACAGGUACUGCCUCUUCCACAAAGAUCAUGGCCAUACAGUCGCCGAAUGCCACAACCUCCACAAUCAGAUCCAGGCCCUCAUGAGAAGUGGACGGUUAACCCAGUAUAUUAAAGAGAUAGGCAGGCCUGACACUUCACAACCCAACCCUGCUUCUGCCCCGACACCACAAGCAGCAGACUCCCUGCGUACGGCCACCACAAACUCACAAGAACCUCUCAAGCAAGUCCCCAUGAUACACGGGAUCAUGGAGCUCACUGAGGAAUAA